GGAAAAGAAAUAUUAAUUAGCACCUGAAAUGUUCGUUGGGCACGACUUCCGCCACGCCCUUUUGGUCAGGCAAAACAAGCUCACCCCCCAGCCGUAAUACCCAAGUUACGGCCCUGGUUGCAAACACAUGUUGUUGACAAGUUGUGAGAUUUUUACGUGUGUAGAGUACCUCGAGGUACGAAUAUGAUCCCCUCGAAUACACACGUAAAAACGCACAAGUUGUUACAGGUCUGCAAACAAGUUGUCACAAAUCUGUUCACAAGCUAGCUGUUAGCUGUCGACACGUUGUGUUUGCACUACUUGUCCCUAGUUGCUUGUGUGAUGUUACUAUGAGUCUAUGAGUGUAUAUCCACGACCUUUGGAAUUCGUAGGUUCGAAUCCCACCGUGGCCAGGCAUAUUUUCCAAGCCUGCCCGGUGUGAAUAUACACUCAGAGUAACAUCACACAAGCAUCUUAUUCACCUGAGUACAUUACACCAACACAGCAAAUUUCAUGAUUGUCCCUAGUUGUUGCCAAAAAAGUUACUCUUUUUUGUGAAUACCAUUGGUUCAUGGUUCGUAUCAAGACGCACAAAAAGACAGAAAUGAAAUAUUUAACUACAUGUAUAAUAACACCAAAGAAUCAUAGGCUGUGUAAUGUUUUAACCGACAGAUCGAAUGAAUUCAACACCCGCACGCGAUAUUAAAAAUGUAUUAGUACUGUGAAUUUCGCAGUUCGGUUCUGGGAAUUCCUAAUUCGCUGCAUGACGUUGCACAGUCCACGCCAACAGUGCUCAGGCAUAGUUUCACCGCAAAUUAAGGAGGUCAUCACAACACUUGCACGAAGUGGACAGAACCAUUACCAAGUCAAAGUUGAAUUUACAGAAGAAAGUUUCUCCUAUUCACUGAGGUGAGUUAAAACUUUGGUAUGGUUGGUCAAUACCAACUGUCUAGUUUUCCCUUCAUACAAAAUCCGCAUUGCCCCUUUAAUUGGCCGAUUUUAUAGACUGUGAAAAUCAAGCACGUCACUCAUCUACGACAAGGUAAGCUUGACUUUACACAGUACAAAUAAAGUUGAAAACAGGUUGCAUGUAACAGGGCCUUGUACCAAUCAGCUGUUCCCGAAAUUGUAUCUAUACUAGUCUGCAACACUUCCUCCCACUAUCUGUCCUUUUUCUCAAGAACAAUUAACCAGUGGAAGUGAGACUCUGUAGAGCAGUACUCCUUCAAACAUUUUUACAAAUUGUAACACAGCUGACAAUUUCACUGCUGUCUCAUUCUAGUAACGUUUAGUAUGUUAUUGCGACCCUCCGCCGAUCUUGGGGAUCGCGGGGGCUCUGUUUGUAUGUUUGGUCGUCAAUAAACGCAUAUUUUGCAAGGGAAAUUUUCUUUGGAGAUUGUGCCUACGUGGCGAUUGGGCAUUCUGGCACUCCCCAUCUCCGGUUUCGACUUGGGCCGCUUUUGGUCUUGAUAGUUUUCUUUUAUUUAACUGUUCAUUAUCUUGACUUAAAUAGUUUAUUAUUAUUCAACUUUUUUUUUGGAUUAGCAACAUAUGUAUAUUCUGCUAACCCCCAACAAAUAAUCGUCAUGCUGAAGUGGAAGUCGGUCUUGUGCAUGAUAAAUUUGAUCCUGUAGAAUGGGUCAAUGCGCUGUUGCGCUCCUAAGUUGCAAUAUUGGAAGAAAUGUAUAAUAUGGUCUUAACAAGAAAUCUUGACAGGCUUUUUUUACCGCAUGAGGGCCUCUACAAAGCCCAAAUACCAAACUUUAGAUAAUACGCUAUGCUAACACCUAACAUAUCAUUUGCAUAUCUACCUCUUGCUUGUAAUAAAUAGUCUGUUUAUAUUUUAUCUAGUUAUACAUCUAAACAAUUUCUUUCAUCUAGACCUAGCUUUUGUUGAAACAGUUCUUUCGAACAUAUUAUUAUAUGAACACGUUGAAUUUGUACUUCAGUGGCCAAGAAUUCCACUGAAGUCAUACAUGACAUGUCACAAUUAAAAUCACAGCUUGAACUGCUACUCGCAUUGUGUAUAAAUUGCGUAUGUCGACUUCUCGAGCCAUAUUUUGACAUAAUUAAAGAUAAGUCUGAAACAUUUGAAGUUGAUCACGUGUACGUAUUUUCGAACUUGCGAAUAAAAAAAUAACUCCAGAUCACUGAUAUCUAGAUAUAUCAGCGUAUAAAUCAUGUAAACCAUGAAAUAAACCAAUAAAACUCAUCUUUAUAUAGUAUUCAGCAUUCUUUUAUAUACGUGCAUCCUAAAUAGUUUUCUUUAUAUAAAGAAUACUAAUGAAACGGCAUCUAUUGUAGUCGUGUUUGAAGUAUUCAAAACACUUGUAGUCGUGUUUUAUCAUAUCUAUUAAACUCAUUUUCAUAGGCCUACUUAAAUGAUAAAUUAGUGAAGCGCUCAGGCAUUCGAACUAGGUCAACAAGACAAUCUGACGACAUUAAUAGACAACUUGCAUGUUAGACAAAUUUUUUAUCUAGCCGAUCUAGGCACAACAAAAGUAACUUCCCGUUAAGAACUUAUUAAAAUUAGUAAAAGUGCAAAAUUUGGUUGCAAAAUGUUGUAAAGCUUGGAAAAUAUAGCCUUGCAAAGUUUGCAUAUUUUCAGUAUAUUUGUAUUACUUGCGGAAAUUGUUACCAUUUUUGAGCCGAAAAUGGUAACAAUUUCCGCUCGUAAUACAAAUAUACUGAAAAUUUGCAAACUUUGCAAGGCUAUAUUUUCUAAGCUUUACAACAUUUCGCAACCAAGUUUUGCACUUUUACUAAUUUCAGUAUGUUCUUUUUAGCUGUUGUGUUUUAUCCCCUUUUCUCUGCUUAGAUUAAAAUUUAGUCUAACAUGCAAGUUGUCCAUUGAAUUAAAUGUAGGCCUACACACGUAGCUAAAAACGCAUGAGUCUGCAAACAAAUUGUUAAGGCUCGUUUACACUUGCAAUUUUUGCUGCGAUUUCGAGUGCAAUUUUCUCUUACUGGUGGAUGUGAACGAGUAAAUAAGUUAUGAAUGAUCUGAGUACAUGUCUCACUGAUGUACCCUCGUCUGAACAUUCAUAACUCAUCCACUCGUUCACAUCCAUCAGACGAAGAAAAUCGCACCUAAAGUCGCAGCAAAAAUUGCAAGUGUAAACAGGCCUUUACAAAUCUCUGUUCACAAGCUGUCGACAAGUUGUCUUCGCACUGCUUGUUCCCAGUUGUUGUAACAAGAUUGGAACAAGCUGUUAUAAACAACUUGUAACAAUCUUGAUGGCAUUAUUACACUUGUUACAAGGUUGUUCUGACAAGUCUGAUCAUAGUUAAUAGAGGAGAUGGUUUGGAAACUCGUUAAAGUGCAUAUGACAUGAAAUUUCUUAUUUUCUUAAACGAAAGAACUCUUUAAGCUGUAGUGUAACUUAUUUUUCAGUUUCUUGUUUUUAUGGUUUGUUCCCGAGAUAUUUCAAUUUGUUUGAUAUGUAAAUGAUGUGAAUAUGUCCGCUAAUUUAUGACGUCACGUUGGUUGCAGGCUCAACUUACACUGGUUAUAAAUCUAUUAACUCUAAAAACUGUAGAUAUCUGUUCACGUUUUUCUACAGUGUUUCAUCACAUUUACCAGUGAGUGAAGUUUGAAAUUAUCAUCUUGGAUGAUAGCAAUGAUAUUCAACCAUUUUGAAGAGCUUGCAACCAACAUGACGUCAUAAAUUAGCGGACAUAUUCACACUCAUUUACAUAUCAAAUAAAUUGAAAUAUCUCGGGAACAAACCAUAAAAACAAGAAACUGAAAAAUAAGUUACACUACAGCUUAAAGAGUUCUUUCAUUUAAGAAAAUAAGAAAUUUCAUGUCAUAUGCACUUUAAUUUAAAUAAAAUAAAAUCACAAUAAAACUCAUUAUCUAUGAUGUUCAGGUUUAUGCAAAAAUGUGGUCUUUCAUCGUCACGUGUGUAUUGUAUUUUUCUCAAGUCAACCAAUAGGAAUGUUCAAAAUGUCUUAUUGUUAAAGUCAUGGAUGGGCAAUUGGACAAAACCGUCGCUAUUGGCUGGUUGAGCAAAAAUACAAUACGCACGUGACGAUGAAAGACCACAUUUUUGCAUAAACCUGAACAAAAACAUAGAUAGUGAGGUUUAUUGUAAUGCUAAUAAGUUUCCAAACCAUCUCCUCAAUUAACUAUGGUCUGAUACAGUCAUGAUAUAACAAGAAUGUUACAAGGUUGACGACAUAAAGUUGAAACAAUAUUGUUAUAUCAUGACUGUAUCGGACUUGCUGGAACAACCUUGCAACAAGUCUGAUAAUAUCAACAAGGUUGUUAUAACUGUUAAAAAGUCGUCCCAUAUUUGUUGAGAACUGGACAAGCAGUGCGAGCACAACUUAUUGACGGCUUGUUGGCAGAGUUGCUAAUUGUUGUGAGAUUUUUGCGUGUGUAUAACAAAUUCCCAAACUUUCGCCGUAGAACCAGCAGUUUCAAGAUGUACAAUCAGGGAUCAGACCACCAAAAGGCUCCCCCAAACUACCCCCAACCGGACAAUCUGGUUUCUCGACAUGACCCUGCUCUCCAACGACAUGGCAGUGAGGGUGGCUUCUAUCCCCCUCCACAGCUGGGCAGGGAUUCCUACCCCCCUCCACAGCCAAGUGGGGGUGGCUACCCACCUCCAGAUGCCUACCCCUCAUUUCCCGUCCACCAACAACCUGGAAACACCGUGCACAACACAAAUACAACAGUUGUAAUACAACAGCAACCUGCAGCGGUGAUUGUCCAGGGACGAGACUGGAGUACUGGAAUGUGUGCUUGUUGUGACGACUGUGGAGUUUGUAAGUCAGGGGGGAGAGGGGCGGGUCAAAGGGGAAAUGUCCGGGAACUCUGAACUAUCAAGGGACCAAACAAAAUUGGAUCAUAAUGAAAGUGCCACGUCUGUUCUUCCCGCGUUCCCCAGUGAAAAUAGUGGGAGCGGCAUUCUUCCCCGGCCCAUCUUUCAACCAUUUCCCGUUGCGUUUUCUCUUCCAGUGCUGAGAUGAAUUAAUGUUAGACAGAGUAAAAUUGUCUGCUGUUAGACGGGAUAACAUAAUCUGGCAUUAGACAGUAAAAUUAUAAAGUAGAGCGCAUUGAUUGGGGAGCAAUGCGAUGGGUUAAUCGCCUGAUUGGAACAUUUGAAAUGCACAGAAACCUCUGUCAAGGAGAGAGCUUCAGAACCAUUGAUCACAGGGGGUAAAAAAAUACACUAGUUUCCAUAAAUUCGAUUUUGUUUCCAGGUCUUCUUGGCUGGUGUUGCCCGUGCAUUCUUCAAUGCAUGGUCAGUAGUAAAGCUGGUGAGUGUUGUUGUGUCGCAGCCUUGUGUCCAAUUGCUCUGAGAACCAAGAUCAGGACAAGACAUAACAUUGUGGUAAGUAAUAGCUCUUUCUCGUCUCUACCAGUCUUGUACCCUCAGCUGUUUUGAGUUGCUAUGUGUGGCGCCACACAACGGCGUAGCACGCCAAAGCGCCUGGGUAUACGAGGCUGGGUCCUCUAGGCAGAACAGUUUGAAACUGAUAUAGCUAUGUAGUAUAAAUAAAACUGGUUUAGGUUUCCACCUGUAGUCUGGUUACAUUUAAACCAGUAAGAGAGAUGGGCUGUACUAGUGCUCUAGGGACAACGGUUUCGACCCAGUAUAAAUAUAGUUAAUUAUUUCAUUGCUUAUUUCGACAGGGAAGUAUUGUGGGGGACUAUUAUGCACUGCAAUGCUGUGCGAUCUGUGCAUUGUGUCAAAUGGCAAGAGAACUCAACCUCCAUGGAAUUUAACCAUCAAAUAUAAACGACAAACUUUUUAUCUUUUAAGACUUUUUGUAAUGGAACAUUAAGUAUUGUUUAGAAUGUAAUUGUUGAUUAGAUCAUUUGUUGUGCCUAUAUCAAACGGUAAAACCAACAAACUAAUAUAUGUAUGUCGAAUUUAAUUUGUGAGACUUAAAGUUUUUGUUUUUAUAUGUUCAAGCAACUUUUCAGAAACUUGGCAGAACACCGUUUUGAAACAUUUGUGUAAUGUUCUAAAACUAUUAGAAGCUUUGUAAAAUAGAAUGUUUUUUUGUUACAUUGUAGCAUGGGACGUUUGUGACAUUUUGACUUUUC